AAGGAGGAGAGAGAGCAACAGGAAGCUGCUCGUAUCCACACGCAGGUCGACCGAGGAACCGAUAGACUGAAAAGACACAUGUCUCGGACAUGGUGAUGUCCCUACAAAGGGAUACAUGUUGCAUAAAUUCACAGUAACCGGGAGCUUUAAGGUAUGGAUGGCAUUAUUUUAUCCAGCAUGGCGUUGUUCAAUAUCAUGUGGUUCGUCAGCGGUUCAGCGAGCUAGGCUUAGCAUUUGCCUGGUUUCUUUUUCUUUUUCUUCUUGUUGUUCCCUGUUCUUUUUUAUUCUCUUCUUCUCCUCAUUCUACACUCUAUGUUCAAUAUAGUUGCACAUGAAAAUCAAUGGACAA